AUGGCAUGUUGUUCCACAGGAAUCGAAACAUUCUGGGCAAAUCAUCAAGAAGGAUAUCUAUCGAUUAUUCGACAUCUAUUGAAGAUGUUUCAAUGCAAGAUUUCAACUUAUAGUGGCUAUUCUGAUAGUGAUUUAUUUCAACCAACAAUUUCAAUGUUGCUUGAUCUGCAAGUGGAAUUCGAGGAGCUAUGUAUUCACUUUAAAGGAUCAAAGGAUGAAAACUUGUUGUGGAACCAGAUCUCCAGGAACUUGGGACUUGUUGAGGAUCUUAGAAUCUUGUCUAGUUUUGAUACUGAUUUUAAACUAGUUUUCACUUCAUGGCCACAAAACAUCACGAUCUGGGAUUGCUAUUGGUUCACUCUGGAAUCUCUUAUGGCGUGCACUUCUUCUACAAUUACACUUUACUUUUCUCAUCUGGAAAACAAGGACAUGGAUAAGAUACUCAGAGAAUGGAGAGCUGGAGAGUUACCGAAUCUAAAGCGUCUGAUCAUUGCCAGCUGGAGAUUCGAAGAGAAUGGAGAACAUAUUUUGGGAAUGAAUCUAUUGGAGAUAGACGGGAUGGUUAUCCAAGCUGAUGACGGUUCAAAAACGGCAACUAUUAAACUUGGUCAACAUUAUAUUGAAAUGUCUGUGACUCUAUUUCAAUAA